GUCUUUGACGUUGUCGCUCUUUUCCACCAUCUUGGCUUUGAGAUAUCAAUUCAAACCAUCCCAAGUAAUCUACAAAGUUCAAGGUCUCUGGCAGAUUUACAGAUAUAAACAAAAACCUUGAGAACAAAUUUAUUUCAGUAUUUGUUGGAAAUAACUCGUUGGACACAAGGAUAACUCCGUCAAACGUCACCGAGCUUUUUGCCCUUCCGCCAUAUUGAGUUUGCAAGGAAAUUUUUGACGUCGAAAGAAUCUGCAAGUUGGGGCAUUUUUCACCGCUUCUUAUCUUCAUGACUGCCUAUCCAGAAUGUCCGACAGGUUUGGGCUUAAAGUAAAGGAAAAUGCUGGGAAGACGAAGUAUUCUUCACUUAACUUAAAUCAGACAUACAAAGGAACUAAGGUUGAAACUAAAACAUCCUCAGGGACCGCUCGCCAUGGGCUACAGAGCCUUGGAAAAGUCGGUGCAAGUCGUCGAAUUCCUCCUCCCGCUAAUCUCCCUUCUUUAAAAAGCGAAAACUCCGGCAACGAUCCUACAGUAUCUUUAGUUCCUAGCGGAGGUGGAGGAUGGGGCAGUGCGAAGGAGAAGCCUUCGGAAACUACGCCAGCAGCUGCAUCUCAGGCAGCACCUCCGAGUUCAACGCCAUCGCAAACAAAUGCGCCAUCUUCUCAGCAGCCGCUAUUGCAGCCGCAGCGGCCUAUACCACCGCCGUCUCAUCCACAACCAGUUCAACCGCAAUCGCAAAGUUCGGGGCAGACACAAAAUCAACCAGCCAAACAGCAAGAAUCUCAAGUAAAGACAUGGGGCACUGUAUCAUCAAACGAGGCUGGUGGUCAAGGGAGGUCCUACUCUCACCAGGAGAUGCCAUAUUUCAAUCGGGAAUUCCCAGUAUUGGGUGGUGGAAACUCUGGGGAAAGGCCCCCGCUGCCCUCAGAAAUAAAGGAACAACCUCCUACACAGUAUGGUCAGAAACAAAUAAUGCGCAAUACACACGAACCACCAUGGAUGGAGCGCAGUGGUCCAGGUCCUCCACCAUCUGAUUAUGGAACAGCAAGAGAAAGAACAGAUGCAUAUAAUGGGGGACCAGGACAUGGUGGAGGACAUCAGUAUAGACGACCACCAGACUACCCGCAUGGGUCACAUGGGAGGAAUGUUCCUCAGGGGCAUCUCCACCAUCAUGGUAAUGGACCACAAAGUCAUGGACCAGGAAGGCAUCCUCAUGGGUAUCCCCCAGAUCAUUUUUCUAGGGGACCAGGCCAAAGACCCAGUGCCCCUUCAGGACCUAAUUCUGCAGGUAAACUGGGAGACAAGACCCGAGGUGAAGGAUAUGGAAGGCCAAGUAUCCUCAAACCAGAAGAUAUACAAGCAAUGACUGACAAUGAUGAAGAGGAGGAGGGUGGAUGGGCUGGUGCACAAGAUGAAGUUGAUUAUGCAGCAAAAUUGGAUUUUGAGGACUUUGAAGAUGAUGAUAAACCUUCACUAGAACAACCAGUGAAACCUGAAAUAGAAACCCCAAGUGGUGAACCUGAAACAAGAUGGCAAGGCAAUGAAAGCAGACCUGCUAAGGGGAUGGGACCACCUCCAACAAGACCUGCAUGGACCGAAUCAUCAGGGCCAGUAUACUCUGAGAACAGACAAAUGCCCCCAAGUCCAGGAAUGAGGCCAUUUGAUAGCAGAGGUUCUCCUCCUAAUCCUGGUUGGCCGUACCCUCAGCAUCUAGCCGGACAGCCAAGAGGGGGACACCCACCUGGACAUCCACCUCCUUCCCUGGUUAGCUCUGAUCAAGUGAAGCCAGCAUCCAAGUCAGAAGAACCAGUGACAAAUGAUUGGCAGAAACGCAGAGUCAAACAACAAGAGGAAAUGCGUGCUGCAGUAGAAAGGGCCAGGAAGAGGCGUGAGGAAGACGAAAUGAGAAGGCAGGCUGAACAGAAAGCAGGAGCAACAGCUAAGUUAAAAGAACUGGAAUUAAAAAGAGUCAGGAGGGAGAGUGCUAAAGAAGGAGACGAUGCUUGGGCAGAGGAACUGGACUCAAUUGAAAAAGAUUCUUAUGGUAAAGGGCCUUACCCUGAACAACGAAUGCCAGAAACGCCCGAACGAGAGGUGGAACCACAGAAUCUUGCACUUAACCAACAAGAUGACUUGCAUGGUCGAAGUGAUUUUCCUGAGCAUGUCAGUCAUAGACAGAGAAAUGACAGCGAGUCCAGUGAUGCCUCAAGAUCGAGUGCAAGGGGUGCUUCACGCCCUCAUCAUCAUCCACCCCGGGACAUCCCACCCCGUUUUCAACAGCAGCAACUUAGGCAGCAACACUUUCAGCAACAACAGCAUUACCAGCAGCAGCAACCUUAUCCACCACAACAUCCAUAUCACCAGCAACAGAUGGCUAGAUCCCCACAACUCAGGGAUUUUCCUGAAGGAUCACUGUCAGUUGCCAAUCAUCCCAUCGUUGAUUCAGGCCCAGUGUCACCAUCACAACCUACCAAACCCGAUGUAUCUGUAAAGAGGAUAAUGAAACGUUCCGAUAGCAGCAGCACAGCUGGUGACGAUAUAGCAAGUGUCAAGUCUCUUGAAAGUGCAAGUGGUGAGCCAAGCAGAGAGGUGGAAAAGAAACCACAUGCUGCUCCAUCAGAUAAGGCUAUAAAGACAGACGCAAGGGAGGAGAAGACGAAAGAAGGGUCCUCAGAGGCAACGCGAAAAGAAUCUAACAGGACGGAUAGGAAACCAGAUGACCAAGACUUGCCCGUGUUUGAUGACAGUGGCAGUGGUGGUUCAGGCGAUACAAGUCAGAAACGAACACCUGAUUCUGUCCUACCGCAGGGUUCUGGAAAACAAGAUCUGACCAACAAAGAAAACGAUGUGUCCAAGGAAAGGGUGCAUGAUAAGCGUGAAAGGAAAGACGAUGAGAGCACAUCAAAAGCUGUUUCCGAGAAAGGCUCCCGAUUUAGAGACAGACGAGACGAAAGGCGAAGUAGUUCAAAGCGUGAUUCAAGAACACAGGAUAACAGACGUAGUGAUGAUUCGAAAGACUCUGGAAAACGAAAGAGAGAGGACAGUGAAGACGCUGAACGCUUUACGGAGAGAAGGGGAAGAUUCGCCGGCCGCGGUGGAGAUCCAAAAAGGGAGCGAUUUUCGGAAUCUCAUAGUCGCGGUAGAGUUAGUUUUCCAGUGCGGGGCCGGGGAAUGGCUGGUACAGCUACGAGUUAUCGAGGUCGUGGAAGAGGAGAUAGAGGAAAUAGAGAUAACAGGGAUUACAAGGAGCACAAACAGACGAGAUCGCGUGAACCUAGACCUUCUUCAGCCUGGAAAACGACCAAGGAUGAACAGAAACGGAACGAAGAAGACAAGGAAAAUGUAGUGGCGAAAGAGAACGCUAACGCAAUUGCCAGUGAGAGUGACAAAAAAGUAACUCGUGAUUCUACCGAGGUAAAACAAGAUAAGCGGAUAGAAAGUGUCCCUUCAACAGAUGAGAAAGAGGCUAACAAACAGGAAAAGAGAAAUGAAGAGACAGUUACUGAGGUGAAGAAAAACAAAGAAGACGAUUCUGUGAUUCGUGAAAGCAAAUUUGAGGAAGAAGUUAGGUUACCCAACAAGGACUUAGAAAAAGUAAAAGAAUCAGAUGAUGUAAGUAAAAAACCUGAGAGCCCCAAAGAUGUAAAUAAUUUGAAACCUAAAGCCCGUGGCGGUUUUGGAAGACCUCCACAAUCUUCACAGGAGUUAAGAAAUGUAAAUAAUCAGGACAGACGCGAAGGCGGCAAGAAGUUUAUUGAUAGGAGGCGACCGAUACAGGAGGCUGGCAGAGAUCGUAAGACAGAUUCUGAUGACAAACGCACGGGACGCAAUUACAGCAGAGACAAUACCAAUCAAAGGCAAACUGGAAGGGACAACAGAUAUAGGGAAAGAGGUCAGGAAAGGGAUCAGAAAUUCCAGUAUCAGCGCGACGAAAGAGACACUGGCAACAAGCGCUACUCUCAGGAUGAUAGGAAGAAGAGGUUUGACGACAAAGACGAUGACCAGCAAAAUUCCAGGCGUAAAGGGGAUGAGAGGAACCAGAGGGGUGGCACGCGAUCAUAUUCAUCUCGUGGUCGUGUUAGUACAACCCCUGUGCGUACUAAUAUUAGGGGUGGUAGAUCCAGUCAGCCAGUCGGAAGUGGACGUUUUGGAAACAACUACCGACGUGUAAAAUCCUCAGAGGAGGAGCUAUCUGAUGAUGACUACGAGAGUGAUUCAAGUAGUUACACGACCGCUACAUCUGCUUCUGAGGAAAGGAGGGAUGAGAAACCCAGCAAUGCAGAUAAUGAGAAUGACGUAAAGAGAGAAAAAGAGAGUAGUUCAACUUUUGACAAAUCGAGAGCUAGUUCACGAUCGGCAAGAUCUCCGAUUAGGGGGAAGAUGUCUUCACGAGCGGGAAGGCGAGGUACUGGUGGUGGGUUUGGAAGGACUAGGAGAGAAGUGGAGCGUCCACCUCGCUUUCAGAAACAACAAGAAAAGGAAAGAGCAAGCAUGGGCAGAGGCGCACCUCAGGGUGUCAGAACGAAUGAAAGUAGAGAAAGUGGACCCGGUAGAGGCAGGGGGAGAGGAAGAGGUAAAAGGGAACAACCUCAAAGAGAUGAAGGUCCAGGUAUACCGGUUACAGAGGACUGGGAUGAAGAGCUUAAUGAAGCUCAAAAAGGAACAGAGUCCUCAAAAAGUGAUAAAUCAGGAGGACGAAGAGAGUCUACUCCGAGAAGAGGAUUCUCUGGCCCACGAUCCUCUUCAGAAAGAGGAAGGAAAGAUAAGAGCCGAGACGCUGGCGGAACACGCGGUAAUUCAUCUAGGCGAGAGCCUUUUUUAGCGGAAAGGCAGCAGGCAAAAGUUGAUGGUUCUAAACUUGUCGGUGGGGAACCUCGAGGACCUUUGCCUGCUGCUAGAAAUGGUUUUAGCAAAGAUGGUAAUCGGAGAUCUGAUAUGCACAGCACUGGGCUGGAUAGCAUAAAUACUGGUGUCACCGAUACUAAAACACCUAAAAAGCAGGAAACCCCUGUGAGGAAGACUGACAUUCAACAGUUUGACUUGCACAAUAUUGCUGGAGUUAUCUGUAUCGAUGAUAUGACUGAUGAUGAGUCCGACAAAUCGUCAACUCAUAGUGGCUUUGUUGAAGUGACAUCCCGUCGUACACAGAAAGAGAACAAAGAUAGACAGCGUGAAGAGGAAGAGAGAAGAAAAAAAGUGGACGAACAAAACAGGCAACGUGGCAGUCAAAUGGGAAACAAGAAGAACCAAUCUUCCAAGCCUCCUAGGUUCAGUAAGCAGCAUACAUCACAAGUUAAUACACAGAGCAAAUCUCCGGGAGUAAUUGGCAAAGCGACAUCCACAGCUGUGUCAGAAACAGCCAUUGGAACUGCUAUCACAGGAUCCAACAGCAAUCCGUCAAGUGCAAAUUCCACCAAGCGUAAUAGCCCAGUUAAUGUUGAGAGGCCAGUAUCACCUCCUCCUCCUCCUCCAGUUUUCAAUGCAUGGGACAAACCUCUACUUCUCACUCCAGCUAAACCACCAAGCGCUUCACCACCAGUGACCUCUUCGAUUCCCGAUCCUCUGGCAGUUGGAAGUGGAAAGCCUUCCUCUACACGAGUUGUCCAACCACAGGGAACAGUCAUUUCUUCGGCUGCCUCGUUGAUUGAAGACAUCAGUGUAGAUGACGACUACCUAGCCAUGACCAAAGAGAUUGCUUUACUGGCACCUCCAGAGGAACCAGAAGAGAGUGAAGAACCAGCCCACAUUACUCAAAACACAAAGCUCGAAAAACGAGAUCAGACAAUGGAAAAGGGUGCAAAAGUUGCUGGUCCCUCAGAGAAACGAUCGCAGGCUAAACCUCAGCGAGACAAGCCUCCAAGAUUUGACCGUAGUAGCAAGCGAAAAGCUGCCUCGGGCGCAGAGGACGCAAAGAAAGAAUGGUCUAGUAAUACUAAGGGUAGGAAAAGCAGUCGUGACGACACAGUUCCUCAGAAACUUACGAAGGGAUCAGCGGACAACACUGCGAAAGGAAAAACUGGCACUCUAUCGAGUAAAAAGCAGCAGUCAGCUUCAACUGGAGAUGAAGUUGCAAAUGAUAGGGACACUUCAAAAGGGGAGCAAGAAUCUGCAGAAUAUAUUUCUGCAGGCAGGAAUGUUGGAACGACUGUUUCAGAUGAAGGCAGCGAUGGAAAAGAUGAUAUAAAGGAGGAAGAAGCGAAAAAUGACUCUGGAAGUGAAUCAAGUAGAAAGGAUUCCGAACUUGACCUGAAUGUUGAUUCAGGCGACAGAAACGAUGACAAUGAACACCUCUUUGGUACAGAAACCCUAUCAGUGGACAUUCACGAGAGACCAACGGCCGAAAGACCAGACAGGGAGCCAUCUCCAGUAUCACCCGCUAUUUUUGAAAUGAGUAAAAAAAUGGAAGCAUCAAGAAAACUUUGGGAUAGCGGAAUCGCUAUCGGGCGCUCAAGCAAUCAUGGGGGUGCGUGGGAGGAGACCUUGCGCACUCCAGCAAGCGUUGGUUCUUCAAUUGUGGGCAUGUCAGUCGUAGAGUCAGCCGAGUCGAGGUUAAGUGAUGACCAAGUCGCAGUUAAGAAACCACAAGUUGAAUUGGAAGCUAAUACUAGUAAGAACGACUCAAAGUCACCUGAUGGGUUAAACUUCGCAAAGAAAUCAGGAUCUGGAGAACAGCAAAAUGUUUGUAAGGUUAAGCCCCAGCAGCAGCAACAGCAGCCCGUGAAAACACAACAGUCAUCAUCUAUUGUCUCUCAGCCUGCGGAAGAGAACCACCAAACAGAAUUAAAUACAGUUUCUUUAGUUCCCCCUUUACUCUCACAAGAACUAUUGACUCAACAAGCAAUGCAACACCGCUACGCAAUUCCUCUUGUCGGUGCCUUCGUGGAUGCGCCUCAGAGACAGCCAUUCCUGCAGCAACAGCAGCUUCAGCAGCUUCAACAAACUAAUCAACAGGUGACACCUACCUUUUCCCUUACACAUGUGCAGCAGGUCAAUCAGGCACGUUCAUCUUCUUCGCCGUUGUCCCAGGCUACUCAGGACAUGUAUCAGUCGCCAUUCCUCCCUGGCGGUGUUUAUUCAGGAAAUUUCCAGGGUUCGCAGCCGUAUGUAUCUAUUGGCCUGUUACCCUCUACUGCAACUCAGUCAUUUGUGACCUCUUCUCCGAGGACCCAGACAACGUCUCUGAUUGGAAUUCAGGCUCAACAGCCAAAGCCUGGAACUGGAUCCGUCUUUGCCCAGAAUGUCACUCAGCAAGGCACGCAGACCAUGUUUAUGCAGUACGAUCCGAAAACGUUGCGAGGAGGAACUCCUUUGUUCAAUAUAGCUCAGCAUCCCCAGUCUGCCCAGAGACAGCUGUUAGGAACUCAGCCGGGGGUCGUUGGAGAAAACUUGUCACGACAGAGUGGCUUUCCAGCAGGACAACCGACACCUCAACCAUUCCAAGGAACGUACCCUUUUCAGCAGAAACAAGGGACAUACGAUGUUUCACAGGAUAUGCAAAUGAAGAAAACAGCUGAACAAAGUACAGAUUUCACGCGGCAAUCAGAGCUAGUCAAACACGUAAACGCAAAACCUUUUGAACCUCCAAAGAGAUCAACCCCUGGUUCUGUGCCACCCAGCAGUGCUUCAAUAGGUCCUUUGAUGUCAUCAACAUUUGCCCGAAAUCCGAACUUGAUGACAAUCACUCCGAGCCCUACAGACAUAGGGGGAUCAUCUCAGAGUCCUCCUGUGUCAACAACAUUGUUGUCGGGAAGGCAGGUGUCCAUGUCACCCGUUGAACCAGGUAUCCCCUUCCAUGGUGCCGUCGGAACUUUUCCGAAGCACACUAUAAACCAGUUUCAGUUGCAACAGCAGCCUCAAGGUGUACAGCCUCAGCAGUUCACGCCAUUCCAACAACAGCCCGUCAGUUUGCAGCAGACUAUUCAAGUUAGAGCACAAGGCCAGCAACAGCAGCAAGGCGGAAAUCCGUUACAAGGUGCUGGAACUGCCAUCCUGCCAAACCCUGCUGUCAUAGCUGCAGCCAUGCCAAGGCAACUUAUUCGGGCUCCAAGCCUUGGUCCUAUAGGCAUAGGUGGAGCACAGCCAAGUGCUACGAACACUCAGCGCUUCCCUGCUCCGAUCCAGCGCCCUGUGACAGCGUCUUUAAUGCAUGGUGUGCCUCACAUACAAGCUCCGCGAGGACCCCGGGCGCAAACUGCACCGCCGCCACCACCUCAAAUGAUGUCUGCAAAGCAACAGAUUGUGACAAAUAGACCUCAUUUGCCCCCACAAUCUUUACCUCAUCCGCCCCCACAAUCUUUACCUCAUCCGGAAGCAGUGGCGGCUGCCUUUAAGAUAGAACAGCAUCACAAGAUGUUGGAACAAACCAAAAUGUUCUUUGCUCAACAACAAGGACCACAGCAACGAGUCCCUCUGCUGAGCAAUCAAGUUGAUCCGCAAGUUAAACCUAUCGGCAGUUUUCAAGGAGACAAACCAAUUGUGAGGGGACAAGUACCCAGAGAAAAUCUAAAAUUUCAAGAGAAAAAGGAAGAGGCGAAGUCCCAUAUUUCGGAAACCAACCAAAGAAACAGAAAACCCAAUUUAGAGCAGCCUAGCAAGACGUCGAAGACAACCAAAGUAGAUUCAAAGCCAGAAGAAAGCAGCAAAGACAAAACUAACACGUCAAAACAGGAUGGUAAAGGCCCUGGUAACAAGAGCAGCAGCCUCGUUCGUAUUCCGCCCCUACCUAUGGCACCCAGAAACGUGCCGAAGAGGGCCCGUGCCCCCCCACGAAUGCCAGGUUCUCAGCCAGUUUCCAAACCAAGAAUCUCUGGACGUUCAGAGAAAGAAAUCAAAGAUACAGUUCAGGACCAGCCUUCUGAAACUCCAAGCCGCAAGAGUUCAGAUCAGGCUAAACCAUCCGAGGCACAACCCGUGGCCCCACUAAGCGUCAACAAGUAACUAAUUUGAACUUUUAAAAUACCGAAUUUCCGGUGAUUUUAUUUGUCUGUCCACAAAAACUUACUUUUGUGGUGCCAACCACAAACUAGGGAGAAAGUAUACUAUCAUACGCAUGAUUUUUCAUUUCAAGUGUAUGUAGUCUUAGUGUCGCGAAAAGUUUUCCAGUCGGAAAUGCUUUCCUUGUCAUUUAUUCGUAAUUAUUAUUCCUUUCAUUGCCGCAACACUGUAAAUUAGUCCCAGGAAUGUUUGUACAGAGGUUUGCGACGAGUUAAUUUAUUAUUGUUAGGCUUCUUUGCGUAAAGGAGGUGAGAUAAUUCACCACUGAAGUUUCAGCAUUUUUGUGAUAAUCAUAAGAAUAAAACAAUUCAAGGAGGUA